AUGAUUGCCAUUGGUAUGGAGGGCUCCGCCAACAAGCUUGGUGUGGGCAUCAUGCUGCAUCCCGAGGAUGGCAGCCCGCCGCAAGUCCUCGCCAACAUUCGGCACACCUACGUUUCCCCACCAGGCGAGGGCUUCUUGCCCAAGGAUACUGCGCGUCAUCAUCGCGCAUGGGUGGUUAAUCUGGUGAAGAAGUCUCUCAAGGAGGCUCGUGUUUCGGUGGAAGAUGUGGACUGCAUCUGCUUCACCAAGGGUCCCGGAAUGGGUGCCCCGCUACAGAGCGUGGUGGUGGCCGCGCGAAUGCUCAGCUUGCUAUGGAACAAGCCAUUGGUUGGAGUGAACCAUUGUGUUGGGCACAUCGAAAUGGGCCGUCUCAUUACCGGCGCUACCAACCCAGUCGUCCUAUACGUGUCCGGCGGCAACACACAAGUCAUCGCCUACAGUUCGCAAAGAUACCGCAUCUUCGGAGAAACCCUCGAUAUCGCAGUCGGCAACUGUCUGGAUCGCUUCGCGCGCACACUACACAUCUCCAACGACCCGUUCCCGGGAUAUAAUAUCGAACAACUAGCCAAGCAAGGCAAGCAGCUCGUCGAUCUACCAUACGUGGUGAAAGGCAUGGACGUAUCAUUCUCGGGACUAUUGGCUGCAAUUGAUGGCCUGGCUGCGCAAUGGGGGUUGGACGGCGAAGAAGCCGCAAAGGAGGACGAGAAUAAGCAAGGGUCCCAGACUGGAGAGGAACAGAUAGUCCCAGAGACGGAUGGCAAGCCUACCAGGGCUGAUCUGUGCUUCUCUCUCCAAGAGACGGUCUACGCUAUGCUGGUUGAGAUUACUGAGCGCGCUAUGGCGCAUGUGGGCUCUAAGCAAGUGUUGAUUGUUGGUGGUGUGGGGUCGAAUGAACGACUACAGGAGAUGAUGGGCAUUAUGGCGCGGGAUCGGGGUGGCAGUGUCUAUGCGACGGAUGAGCGAUUCUGCAUUGAUAAUGGUAUUAUGAUUGCACAGGCUGGUAUGAUGGCAUACAAGACGGGCUUCACGACUCCCUUGAAGGAGUCUACCUGCACUCAGCGAUUCCGGACGGAUGAGGUGUUUGUCAAAUGGCGGGAUGAUUGA